GGGAGCAGAGGCAUUUGGUCACGCGAAGGUGCCGAGCGCUGUUAAACAGAUGGCAGGAGACCAGUGAAGAGAGUGGCAAUGGACAGCAGAUGGAGAAGAGAUUAUGCAGGAGACCAGAGGAAUGCAGUGUAUAUACCCUACACACUGCCAGUCCACAGUUUCUGCUCACACAAACACAUGAUGAACUAAGCAAAAGUGAGACACAAUAUGAUUCUGCUUCACUCUCAAAGACAACAACAACCCAUGAGUAUGGACCUGACAUCCUGUCUGUCAACAUGCACAGAGACACAGCAGCACCAGAGAGACAAACAAACCCAGUCAAACUCUAGGAACCGGCCAGCAGCUCCACCUUUCCUGUCAACGACUACUGUAUGUGAGAAGAACAGAGUGCUCAGUGUUUUGACAGUGAAGAUGUAGAGAGAGAGGCCUGGCUGAUGUGAAACCGAACGAAAACCACAAGUAUGCUGGGUGCACAAAAUGUACUGCAGCUCUAAAGAAAACGAAAAUUAGGGUUAUCACCGUGUCUCCUGCAGAGGAUCUGAGCCGAGAUGGGGAGCAAAGCCCUGCACGCUCCGAUCCCCCUGCACCCGGCCCUCCAGCUCACCAACUACUCCUUCCUGCAGGCCGUCAACACGUUCCCCGCUGACCAGCUGCAGGGACUGUACGGCCUCAGCGCGGUGCAGACCAUGCACAUGAACCACUGGACUCUGGGUUACCCGCACAUCCAAGGCCUGAGGUCGACGAUCACAGAGAUGGCAGCUGCCCAGGGUCUGAUGGACCCCCGGCUUCCCUUCCCGGGUCUGCCCUUCACAGCCGCGGCUCAGCUCUUCCAUCCCAAACAAGCCGCCCUGGCUGCGCACGGCUUCAUCCCGUCCAUGCAUAAGGACAGACCGAGGUUUGACUUCGCCAACCUGGCCUUGGCUGCCACUCAGGAGGACCCGCCGAAAGCUGCGGAUCUGGCGAAGUUGGCGUCGGGACUAGGGGGGACCAUCUCCGAGCUGAGCUCCAAGCUGUCCCCGGACAGAAAGCCCACCCGAGGCAGGCUGCCAUCCAAGACUAAAAAGGAAUUUAUUUGCAAGUUCUGCGGCAGGCAUUUCACCAAGUCCUACAACCUGCUCAUCCACGAGAGGACCCACACAGACGAGCGGCCCUAUACCUGUGAUAUUUGCCACAAGGCCUUCAGAAGGCAAGACCAUCUCAGAGACCACAGAUACAUCCACUCCAAGGAAAAACCAUUCAAAUGUCAAGAAUGUGGGAAGGGAUUCUGUCAGUCUCGAACUCUAGCCGUCCAUAAAACCUUACACAUGCAGGAGUCUCCCCACAAAUGCCCCACAUGCGGAAGAACCUUUAAUCAAAGAAGUAACCUGAAAACUCACCUUCUCACCCAUACAGACAUCAAGCCCUACAGCUGUGGCCGCUGCGGAAAGGUGUUUCGGCGCAACUGUGACUUGCGACGGCACAGUUUGACGCACAGCCCACAUCAGGACUACUAGCCUGGACAGACUAACAAAAUAACAAUGGACAAAAACCCGCAGGAAGACAAGUCAGCGGCUGUUUCUUUUUUUUUUUUUGUUCAAAGACAAUCUCCAAAUCAGGACACGUUUACUGCCGAACACUUUAGAGUGGGAUUUGGUUGCAUCUCCAGCGGGACAGCAUUGGAGCCAUCAUGGCCAUGUCCGGCUCUCAUAACCACCUGUAAAUAUCAAGACCAUGUACAUAAUGUUGUUUUUUUUAUUUUUAUUUUCUGACCUUGAAAUGAUACAGUUGUCAAAAAACAGUCAUAAGUUUAAAGUAUGUUAAAUUGUAUUUUAGAAAUAAAUAUUUCCAUGAUA